CUCUGGGCUGAACCUCCUCAUCAACAAUGCUGGAAUGGUCAGGUCUAAGAUGCUUGAUGCUGAAACAUUGGAGGACAUGACUGAGACUUACAUGACCAACACAGUUGGACCCUUGCUGAUGGGCCAGGCAUUUCUGCCCUUGCUGAAGAAGGCUGCCCAGGGGAGCCCAGGCUCAUGACUGAGCUGCAGCAAGGCUGCCAUGGUCAAUAUAUCCAGCAUUGGCGGCUCUAUUGCUUCCUUGUUUGCUUGGGACAUCAUGCAAGUCACCUCAUACCGCUGCAGCAAGGCUGCUCUGAACAUGCUGAGCAAGUGCCAGUCCCUGGCGUACAAGGAGCACGGCAUCCUCUGCGUCGCUCUCCACCCCGGCUGGGUGCAAACAGAUUUGGGCGCAACUGCUGGACAUGUGCCCCCUGUGACAGUGGAUGGCAGCGUGAAAGGGAUGCUGAAGGUCCUCUCCUCCCUCUCUGAGAAGGACACCGGCGCCUUCCUGGACUGGGAAGGGAAGGUCAUACCCUGGUGAGACACCACUUCAGGAUCCUGGUGGCCAAGGAUUACCUUUGGCACUGCUCCCAUGUCUGCCACAUCCUCAAUAAACUCCUGCUGUGA